AUGAAACAUUCAAAGACUAACAACACACUUUUCCCUCAGAGAAACAGGCUUAAGCUAAAAACAGAUCCAACGGACUUCUUAUCAAGCCCUAUAAGUCGACAUACAAAGGGAUCACUGUCCUCGGGUACCUUUGAUAAAAUAGCAAAACGGGAUUGCCAUUCCAAGCUUCAAUCUAAGAGAUCAAACUAUAACAUCAGCAUUCGAUCUAACAGCAAAGCAAGGAAUAGUAUUACACAAAUAGCACAGAAGUUAUGCACAAAUCUCCAUUUUUCACAGAAGGAAAAUAGGAGCAUCGUUGAUCCUGGCUCAAGAAGGUGAUCUAAAGCAUGUCAUGACUGCAAAUAAAGAAAUUGAACACCUGAAGAUGAUCAUAAGGAAUCUUGAGAAACGUAACACAGAGUUGCAACAAGAAGUUAAGUUUUAUAAAACAAAGUGUUUGAAAAAGCCAAAAACCUGUAAAAUCUAUGAUGAAAAGUCUAACUCAGGAAGUACUUCUCAACUAGAUGCAAUUAAGGAGCCAGAGGAUCCUAUUCCUACACGUCCAAGAAAGAAGAGAGUGAAUCUGAAGUAAGCUCCAGAGUAUCGAUCGAAAAGAAGAAUCAGUCCCCAGUGAUGCUGAAGAGGAGGAUCAAAAUUCUGCUAAAAGAUUUCCGAAAAGUGUCCAUAAUGUGAAGAUGCUGCUUAGUAAAGGCCAAGCUCUCCGUACUGUAGUUAAUCUUUCUCAUUCAAGGAAUAUUGAUGUUGAAAAGCCUUUAAGAAAUUCCAGAAUUCUUUCCUUGAUAGGCCAAAGUUUCCAGGAAAGACGUGAGCAACAUAAAAGGGCCAAAAGUAUUAAAGAAUGAGACCUAGCGAGCAACUUUUCAAAAGAGAUAGAUGAAAAUGGGGGUGUUAAUUUGAUUCUUUCAAGUCUGGUCUCACCUCGACUCUCUCUGAACACCAAAACAAUAAAAUGUAUAAAGGGAUAGUUUGUCAAAGUACCAUAUCAAUAAGUAAAUAGGAUUUCUCG